GUCUCAAAUAUCGACUGGAACAUGGCUGUUUUGAAAUUCUGCCUACUGCUGGAGGAAGUGCUAUGGUUUCCGCUCGGUUUUUAGCAAGAUAAACAUAAAUGAGGCAAUCUCUUAUUGCACGAAUACAACGUCGUUUAAAUGAAGUUAUUCUACCUUCAAUUACAAUGUAAAUUCACUAAUAAACAAAAAUGAAUCAAGUUUCUCUUGUCGAACAAUUGAAAGAAGUGCUAAAGGCGCAGAAUGAAUCACUUCGACAGAAGCAUACCGAGCUGAAAACAUUUCGUGAGGAAAAUUCACGGCUUACUGGGCUUGUUCAGGAAUUGGAAAUUGAAAACGAAGGCUUGAAAGGUUUGUUGGCGAAAUAUCAGACGGAUAGCGAACAUAAGGUCGCCGAAAAUGGUCAAACCGACAAUGGGACUCUACGGCCAAGUACUUUAACAGUCUGCUCACCGAAUACAACUGGCUCUGAACUGUACACCACAGCACUAUCAAGCCCAGAUUGUGAUGGCAAAGCAUUUAGUGCUAAGAGUCAAAUAGCUAUUACAAUAUCAAGCACACCGAACUCCACAUCUCCGAAGAAGGCUACACUAGGCAGAGGUGAAAGCCGGACGAAAAAGCGAAAAUCAUACUACGAGCUUUCACCAGAUAUUUCAGAGAAGCAUGUUCAAAUUCUGGAAAAGAAUUAUGGAGGCAAGGAGAAAGCCAACAAUGCAGCAAAGAUCAUCCAGCAACAUUAUAGAAAAUGGUCAAUGCAAAGGGCCUAUUGUAGAUUGAGAACACAAAGUGAAGCACGACGGAUAUCAUUGAAAGGGCGGCUAAGCAAGAGAAAUUCUACACGGACCCCAUCCAGUUCAGACAGUUUGAGUCCUACUGCUCAACCAAUGCAUCUUAAUUUUGAUUUAGACCGGAGUGACCUGACAUUGAAAUCACCAGAAGCAGAAAUCCGGCCCCAUCAAAAUACCCUAAAAGAUGAAUUCAGGCCAAUUCAAGCUGAUAUAAACAUUGAUUCGAACUUUGGACAUGUCAAUACAGGGCCAGCGGAUUUUUCAGUUCGACGUGUGAGUGAGGAUAUAUCAAGUAUAGAAAUAAACAAAAAUCUCUUGAAUGAUAGUAUUGGACAAAAAAUGAUUAUUGAUGAGGUUUUUCAACAAAUUUUAUCUCCAAGAAAGGAUAGCAUCUCUCUUGCAAACCGGAGUGAUAGCUUUAGAUCAAAACUGAGCAUAGUUCAGGAAACAUGUGUGGUUUCCGAAUCUGUUCCUAUCCUUCAAGAGGCAUCUGAAAAGACAGUGCCAGAUGAAGUUGAUGGAAAAACCAGGAAGAAAGGGACAAAUGAUGUUAAUGACACAAAGCAAAUAGAUAAAACACAAGAAGCAAAGGUUGAAGAUGCACCAGUAGAUAUUGCAGAAGCUGAACAAGCUGAAAUGAUGAAUGAAAGACCAACACAGGAUGGAGUAUUAACAUCUGAUAAUCUUUCUGUGAAGGACCAAGAUAAACUUGGAGGUAGUUGUGACAGUUUUGAUAUGGAGGACAGUCAUUCACACAGUUGGCCAGCAUUAGACCAUUUAUUACAUGAAGAUGACACAAUCAGCCUCAGUGGAAACAGCCUUUCACCUUCCUCAAGUAUCAUGCAAACUUUUUAUGAAGAUAAAGAGAGGGAUGUCCGUAUUGGAAUUAAUCAUUUUAACAGGAAGCCAAAGAAAGGUAUCAACUACCUCAUGGAUACUCAAAUAAUUGAUGAAGAUGAUGCUGAAGGCGUAUGUAAAUUCUUGAGAGAAGAACCUGGUAUAAAUAAACAGAAAAUUGGAGAAUAUCUAGGAAACCUACGUAAUCCACUCAGUAUGGAGGUUUUACAAUUAUUCGUUCGAACUAUUCCAAUGAUAGGGAAAGAAGUUGAUGAAGCAUUGAGACAUUUUCAAACAUUUUUUCGUAUGCCGGGAGAAGCACAAAAGAUUGAAAGAAUAGUCGAGGAAUUCGCAAACGUAUACGUGGAAGCAAAUCCAGGAAAAAUUUCAGACACUCCUGACACAAUCCUCGUGUUGGCAUUUGCUAUCAUAAUGUUGAACACUGAUCUUCACAGCCCUAAUGUUAAACGAAAAAUGUCCAAGGAACAGUUCAUUCGGAAUUUAAGAGGCACAAAUGAUGGUGAGGAUAUUCCGUCUGAAUUGUUGUCUGCAAUUUUCGAUAGAGUGGAAAAGAAACAGUUUAGGACUGGCCCAGACAAUCUCGAUGCCAUUUAUAAAUAUGAAAAACAAAUACUUGGGAAAGUUCCUUGGACGACCCUCGCCCUGCCUCAUCGCCAACUACGUCAAGUAACAACACUUUAUGAAAUUCAACAUGGCGGAAAGAAAAAAGAAAAACCACAUCACAGAGUUGUGUUUCUUUUCAAUGAUAUGAUGGUCGUAACAAAAGAGCGAGGACAGGCUGGCCAGAAAGGAAUCCAUUAUUACAGUUAUAAGAAUUCAUACCCGCUUUGCGAUAUCAAGUACCAGCUUUUUAAUAAUAAUUACUAUAAAUAUGGCAUGCGAAUUCUUAACAAAAUCAGUGGUGAGGUUCUGGUAGUAUUUCACGCGAAGAAGGAAGAUAUAAGAAAAGCAUUUUACACAGAACUUCGAGAUUGUAUUGAGGAGACCUGUGUCAUGGAAAAUGAGCGAAUCACUGAUUGUGAAAAGACACGCCAAUUAAUGGGUUUCAGACGGGAUGCAGAUGCAGAUACAAUAUCGUUGACUUUGCCUCGUCCUGGUUCUAAUAACAAGAAGAAAGCGCCAGAUUCUGUAAGUUUGGUCAAUGAACCUGGCGGCCUUAUUUCUCAUGUGGCUUUAAGAAGAAAUAAUCCUCUUUCAAGUUCACUUCAAGAUCUCAAUCAAGCAGGUGGUACUUUUUAUGGUGAAAUUCAAAAAAGUACAAGCAUGGCGUCGUUUGAAUUAACUGGGAGUGGAUCGACAUCAGGCAUUAGUUCUGAUUUCUCCUCCUCAAACGGUUCGAUGCAAAAUUUAACGAAAAGGUUUGGAAUCUUCAGCUCAAAACGUGUAAAGAAUGCAGCCCAGAAUUCAAGAAAAUUGACUAAAUCUGCCGGGAGUUUGGAGGAAAUUCAGUCAAUGCGACGCAAGACCAGCACUUCUUCUGACAAACGGAAAUCGGAAUUUUUUGUGACUUCACCGAUUGCCACGUGACCAGUCUUAAAUUUUGAGCAAAAUGAUAUAUGGCUUGAACGUGGGUACUCGUUGUGUGCCAUUAUGAAGUUACUCCAAGUUAAAUAUUUUAAAUGUUUUCUGGUUUGGGCGCAGUAUAGAACUCGCUGAGAUGGAAGAGAGAAGAGUCAUACGACAUAUUUAACGAAAAUUGUAUAAAUUAAUUCACGGAAAUUCAUCGGACAUUUAGGAGAAUUCACAAUUACUUUGGGUAAAAAUAUUAGUUCUAUCGCUCAAGGGAUGGGUUUUCAAAGCCUGUUAUCCACAUACUGCUGGUUGAUUCCUAUUGUGGGUAAUAUAGACCUUACCCAUUAUGACGUUUCCCAUAGUAUUUUUUAACUACAUAAGACCAUAAUGCUUUGCCAGUAUCUUUACUGAUUGCGAGUACUUCCAAAGUAUUCUGGUUAUAGUAACAAAAUAAUGUUGUGAAACUUCGUAAUUGGUAUGAUCUAUUUACCCUAUUAUUAAAUGAGCGAAUUUUGCUCACGACAUUUUUUUGGCUAUCGGCAAUCGCCGGCAAUAAACCUUUUCGGUAAUUACGUCACAAGAUUUUAACAUCACAACGUUUUAAAUUUAGAACCACCUUAAAUUAAAUAGAU